AUGACGUUGCGAAGGUCUCGGGGGCGUCCACCAAAAACGGUGCCAUCGAUACUGGAAAGCUCAUCAUUGUCGGCGAAUGUUACGGUGGUGAAUAGAAAGGAAGAUAACGCUGCGAAUCGUACGGUGAAAAAACCGAUAAGUGAAGUUGAAACUGUGCAAAUCGAAGCUCAAACGGAAGCAUCACAAAAGAACGAGAAGGAUCGCAAACUUUGGGUGGAUGUUAUCAGUGAUAUUAGUAUGCACACAAUGAAGAACUUUAUGUUGAAGGCGUGGAAUUUCAUUCAUUUACCGGACCUCUAUUACAAUGAAGCUGGGUAUUUUAUUCUCCGAUUCAAGCAACGAGAUGACUUGGAUGCAGUGGCGAUGAAGGGGCCGUAUACUAUCAGAACCAUGUCGUUGGUGUUGAAGACUUGGAGACCAGAUUUCAAUCCCAAAGAUGAUAUGGUGAGAACUCUCCCAAUUUGGGUGAAGUUACCUCAGCUUCCCUUACAUCUCUGGGGGGAGAGGAGCCUCAAUAAGAUUGCUAGUGCCAUUGGAGCACCGUUGGUGACAGAUGAAUGCACGACGCAUAAGCUCCGAGUGUCGUAUGCAAGAAUGUUGAUUGAAGUAGACAUUACACAGAAGAUGCUUGAUGAAAUUACUAUAACAUAUAACGAAGGCAAGAAGAGGAAACAGGCAUUUGAAUAUGAGUGGAGACCUUACUUUUGUGAAAGAUGCCAAAAGAUUGGUCAUAGAUGUGAACAGGAACGCAAGCAGAAGGUCUGGCAGCCAAAACCUCAAUUGAAAGCUGAUUAG